AUGAUGGGGGUCGUUUUUGCAGUAGAGGAUACCAGAGAACAUGGCAGCGUGAUCAUGCAUAUGAUUUCACAGUUAUCAGUUGGUAUGGAUCUUACAAAAAUUGUACUCCCUACGUACAUCCUCGAACGCCGUUCCCUUCUGGAAAUGUAUGCUGACUUCAUGACGUUCGCUGAUUUGUUUGAAGCUAUUAACGAAGGACAUUCAGAAGAAGAGCGAAUGGUUGCCAUGCUUCGAUGGUACAUGUCAACGUUUUAUGGCGGUCGGAAAAGCGGUCUCGCCAAGAAGCCAUACAAUCCCAUACUCGGUGAGGAAUUCAGAUGCUGCUGGAAUUCACCGUCUCUUUCACAAAGCGAGAAAGUUGUUCCUGGCAGUCCUUUUCCUGAGGCUUUGGCAAAUCAAAUUACGUUUGUUGGCGAGCAGGUAUCUCAUCACCCCCCAGUGUCUGCAUUUUACGUCGAACAUCCGGCGAAACGUAUGCAAGUGACCGGUCAGAUAUGGACAAAGUCUAAGUUUUUGGGUUUAUCGAUCGCGGUUUAUAAUGUUGGUGAAACUUGCCUCUAUUUGGGGGACCACGACGAAGAAUAUAUUUUCAACUUUCCAAGUGCCUAUGGCAGAUCGAUCUUGACAACACCUUGGGUUGAAUUUGGUGGAAAGUGUUAUAUCAAGUGCAGUAAAAGUGGAUACCAUGCUGACAUCGAGUUUCUUACUAAGCCAUUUUAUAAUGGUAAAGCUCAUUGUGUCAGGGCAGACGUGUUUCGUCCGGACGACAAAAUUCCGGUCUUGACGGUGAAAGGUCAGUGGAACGACGUUUUACUCGCCAAAUCUUCUCAAGGGGUACAUUAUUUAACUGCAUUUAUGCUUUGGCGGUACGUCACUGCAGCUCUUAAGGAAAGGGACGUCCACAAGGCGACUCGAUGUAAGUUCUGGUUGGAACAGCAGCAAAGGGAAGAGGCAAAACGGCGAAUGAAGAAUAAUCUUCCGUGGGUGCCCGUAUCAUUUUACGAAGUGAGGGAACGAUGGACUUACCGGAAUUCGUUGAAAGAUCGAUUGUUGGACUGUGCGCAAUAA